AAUUAUGGCGGAAACAUUAGGCCUAGCGUUUGUAAAGAAGGAGAUCCAGCUCCAGAAUAAUUUAAUAGGAAGUGGAUUUGCUGAACCUCCUCCCUCAGGGUCUAAAAGAGUUAGUUAUACUGGUGAAAUAGUAAGCGCUAUAGGGUUUGAUCAGCCUAAGUUAUCAAUUACUUAUAAAGUUCAUGUCCCUGAAUUAUGGGAAUUUGAUGACUACAACAGCUAUGAGACCCUAGGAAUUAUCAAAGACUUGGACGAAGUGAACAAGAGAGAUUCAAUUACACAGUUUUCAUAUGCGAACAUUAUUGAUUACAAUCAUCAAAGAGUGUAUGAGUCUUCGUUCUGAUUCCCAUUUGAUUUACAAUUCUUACAAGAUACCAAGGAAGAAAGUUCUGAAAGGCCAUACUUGCUCUUCCAAGUAAACAGCUUGGACUCCUGGAGCAGACACAGAAUAGAGGGCUAUGGCUCCCUCCAGUUCCCUAGUGAAGAGGGAUAUCAUGAAUUCAAAGUCCAGUGCUGGAAACCCAGAGGAACAUUUCAAAAUGAACUCCACAGUUUCUUCCUUGGAGGUUCAGUCAGAGUCCUCGAACUUGAAGACAUUAUCCAGAGUUAUAAACUUAACGAAAAAGGAGAAAGAGAGAUGAUCCCUUAUGAUAGUCUCCCACAGACAGAGGAUAGUGGAGAAAUAGUCAUCAAGCUGAACUGACUUAGUCACAGUUAUGAUCUGAAGAAAGAGAAUAGGAAGCAGUAUGAUAUUGAGAAGAAAAAGCAAGAUGAGGAAAUUGUCAGAAGGAUUAACGCUGAGAGAAUCAAACUCAUUAAACAAUAUCGUAAGAAGAUCAAGAAGGAAAUCUUGGAAGAAGAGGAGCUUUAUACUGAAGAUUACAGUAGAUCUGGAGAUUACACUGAUAGCCGGGAUUAUAGAGAUAGCUAUCUCCCAGACUCCUAUGAUCAAAGCUAUGACGAUGAUGAUAGGUAUUACAAUAAAGAGUCUCACAAAAGUUAUGAUUAA